UGUCCGUCUGUGAACAUGAUGAUUGCUAACUUCUUCCUGAGUGUCCUUUUUGUGUCAGGAGCUCACACUGCUUGUCCUGAGAAGGCAGGGCUGAGUAUUGCAGCACCAAAGACGGUGCAGGCACUGAGUGGAUCUUGUUUGCAGAUCCCGUGUAACUUUGCAGCUACAUCAGGUGAAGAGACUGACAGCACAGGGAACAUCUCCGGAGUGUGGAUUAAAAGUGACCCCAGGUUUGCCAUCAAUCCAGACAAUGUGGUUUUCAACAGCAGCCGAAGAAUUAACAACUACACCAUGAAUCUGACUGGAAACCUGAGGGAGAAAAACUGCACCACUCUGUUUUCAAAUGUCCUCACAAGUUACACAGACACGUACUUCUUCAGAAUAGAGAGCAGCACAUUCAGUGCAACAUCUUCUUGUGAUCCUCUACACAUCACAGUUAAAGAUUCUCCUCGGAGCCCCAGAAUAGAGAUCUCAGGAAACCUGAAGGAGGAGGAGUCUGUCACUAUAACCUGCUCAGCUCUCACUCCCUGUCCACACGCUCCUCCUAAACUCACCUGGAGUCUCCAAAGAGACUCUCUCAACAACAUGGAGGAAAACACAGAUGGAACCUUUACAACUCAAAUCCAGGAGAGCAUCACUCUGUCAGAGCACCAUGAUGGAUACAACAUCACCUGUUCUGCCACAUAUCCUGUGAAUGAAGGCAGAGAUGUGAGGACAUCAGAGGAGACAAAGACUCUCAGUGUUUCAUAUGCUCCUAAAAACACCUCAGUGUCCAUCAGUCCAUCAGGUUUGGUGUCAGCAGGUACCCUGGUUAACCUGACCUGCUCCAGCAGAGCCAAGCCUCCUGUCAGCAGGUUCACCUGGUUCAGGAUCAGCAACAACAGACCUGUGAUGGUAUCUGAAGGAGAGUCUUACAGCCUUAAUGUGACUGAAGGAGGAGUUUAUUACUGCGUGGCCACAAGUGAUCUUGGUGAAGGAAAGUCCUCAGAUAUUCACCUGCAUAUUAAAGGUGAUCACUCGUCUGAACGUGUUGGCCUUGAAGUGGUUUUGAAGAUCCUGGGAAUCCUGUUGCUUGUCAGUACACUGAUCAUCUUUGAGUGGUGGUUUCGAUCAAGACACUCCAUGAAACCAGUGAAGGACACAGAGGAAGCUGACUAUGUCAACACAGCGGCUGAGUUUACAUCAUCACAGCAGGGAGUACUGACUUCACAAGCUGCAUCAGGGAGACCUAUCUGACAAACCCAAAUAACAAUGACAUGAUUUGAAUAAAUUGUAGACUAUAUGUCCAUUAUCAGCGUUUUAUAGACCAUGCAGAGGCCACAGUCCAUAAAGUCCUGAUUAUGAGUACCUCUAAUACUAUCUGAUGUGUUUUACAAAGGAAAUAUAAAGUGUUAAACAAGCUGUCACUCAGUUUCCAAAGAAACUCUUCAAGGUCUUGUCACCUUUAUACAGCACAUUCACACUGAUGUUACUUAUUGGGCCAUGGGGCGUUGUUUGUAAAGAUUUGUACACUGAAAAUAACAGCAACAAUUCUCCACAUUUAGCUUCAAAACCUCCUAAAAACUAAUGUUAAUUUUAAAAGUCACUUUUCUAACACAUUUACUGUAGAGC